CAAGUCACAUCUCCCCAGCUUUGGACACAUUACAGCAGAAAUGGAGGCCCAGCUCGGUUUCCCGGUGAACCAGGAGACCAAAUGCCAAAUGUUUGACUUUGAGCCAGUGUUGGCUAGCACAGACUUGGGCUACUACAGUGCCUGCAGCAGCCUUUCUCCAACCUCAUCCGUAGACUCUUCUUGCUUUUCUCCUCCAGUCUGCCAGUUCCCAGUUGUAUUCAACCAACCGAAGGAACCUGAAUGGACUGGGCAGGCUUGGGAGAAUCCCACACCAGCUUUCCCAGCUCAAAACAAAAGAAGAACCAGGUCCAAAAACCCUGGAAAGAAGCGGCAAAGUGCUAGCGAACGAGAGAAGCUGAGGAUGAGGGACCUUACCAAAGCUCUCCAUCAUCUGAGGACAUUCUUGCCUCCAUCUGUUACUCCGGCCGGACAAACCCUAACCAAGAUUGACACACUGCGCCUCACCAUCCGCUACAUCUCCUACCUCUCCUCCCAGCUGGCCCCUGAAGACCCUUCAAAUGCUGGAAAUGUUCAAAGCCACUCUGCUACAGCUCAUGUCCAGCAGGGUGGGUUUUCAGACAUAUGGAGCCAGAGUGCAGCGCAGGAAGACCCUGAGUGUAGAGGUCAGCUCUACCAGGGAACCGUGGCAUACACAGCUUCAGCUCAACAGAUGGAAACAAGUUCAAACUUCAGUGCUUACUACAGAGACACCCAGUUCCCACCGAUUCACUUCACUAUGAGACAAACCCACACACACUGACCCUGCUGCUCUACUGUGAACCCCAAUGAAGAACCCAGAGCAUAUGGACUGUUUUUUAAAAUCUUUAAAAUGUAUUAUUUGCAAUCAUUUAUAUUAUUUGAAUUUAAAUUAUUUAUUAGAUAAUAUAUUUUUAUACUGAAUAUAUUUUGUAUAUAUGACCUUUUAAUAAACAACUACAAUGA